AUGGCUGCUUGGAGGGCGAGCUGCCACAUUUGCCACGGCACGCUCGAGUUCGACAAGUUGCGGCUCUCCCGCGCCAACAACCCCCGGCGCCCCAAAUUCGUCCCCCCUGGGUGUUACGGACAGUGCUUGGGGCCGAGGGCGGACGUGAAGAGGCGGGGCGCCCUACCGCCAGCGCAGCAGCAGGAGCUCGCGGAGAGGUGCGAACCAGCGGCGCCGCCACCCGCGCCAGGGCUCCCCCAGCUGCCGCCGCCAGACGCUGGAGAUGCAGUCCAGGCGCGCCUGCCUUUGCACGAGCGGGACGUCAAUUACAGGGGCCUGCAGAACAUUGACUCCCUUCUGACCGACCAGUGCGGCACGCUCACUGAGGUGCCAACGGCCUUCACGCACGCGGUGAACGAAGCGCGUGGGGCAGUUGCUGGCCACAUCAUGUGGAGCAUCGGCGACGAGGACUCCUUGCAGGGCUGGCGUCUUCUUCUCUGCUUCCACCGGCUCCUGUUCGGGGAGUUGCGCCGCGACGCGGAGGACAGUGCCAGAACCGUGCGUGAGAGGGUGGCCGAGCGGCUAGAUAUGUUCUGGGCGGGGGAAUGGGAGCACCCGAUGCGCCUGACGGCAGUUCCGGUGAAGACCCGCUCCGCACAGAAAGGUUUGUCCAAAACCGUCCAGCGCAUCCGGUACCUCUUACACAAGGGCGAGUUGGGCAGAGCGUGCCAGGCAGCUUGGGGCACCGUCAAGACGCGGGACGUGACCACUACCCGCCAAGCAUUUCUUGCGCAGCAAGGCCUGGGCGAGAACGUGAAUCAGGUCGACGGGGGUGUGGGGGAGGACAUGGAUGUCGAGGAGGAAGCGGAGAGGGAGGAAGACGUCGAGGCCCGCCGCGACCGUGCUCGUUCCCUGGCGGCCGACGUGUCCACACACCUCAUGGGGAACUGGUCGCGGGUGCCGCGGGGAGCUGGUUCGGGCCCGCUGUGGAGCCGCUUCAAGCAACGGUUGCCCCUCGCCCAUGCGAGCAUGAGCGGCGAGACCACUGCGCAGGCCAAGGACCUGGUGCUUGCAGGGCGCUUGCUGGACAUCGCCAAGCGGGACGCGGGCACGAGAGUGGUGGCAUCUGGCACGGUCCCGCGCCGUUUGAUCGGCCAGGCUGUGUGCGCCACGCGGAAAUCGGAGAUCCGCAGCGCAGUCGGGCCUUGCCAGUACGGCGUCCUGGGGCCUGGUGGUGCCGAAGCUUUGCAGAAGGCGAUCACCGUCCACGCCGAGUCCCUCCCCGAUUGGGCGUUCUUCAGCGUUGACGUCCGGUGCCCUGAUCUCGAGGUGCUCGCAAGGUCUAUUCACGACCGGGGAAGGGUGCGCGCGGUCUCGGAGGAGGGCGAGGCCAGCUCCACGGUCGUCCAGUGGCUCGGCAGCACCCUGCCGUUCAUGAGGGACCACAGGGUGACAGAGGAACAGGGCGACGACUGGCGGGACGCGACUGCUGGCGCGGGCGCUGCCGACGACGAAGCGCCCCGCGCCGUGACGCGCCUCAAGAGUUUCAACGAGAUGCUCAACUCCCUGGUCAUGGCGGGGCCUCCCAUUCACGAGGCCUUCACGCUGUUGCGCAACUUCGUAAAACGGCUUUACCACGUACGCCCAGAGAGCACGACCUGGGAGGAAGGGGGCGGCUUCUCGUCUGCCGAGCAGCGCGCCGACGCGACCACCCUGGGCUCCUGGUCCACCACAUGGCGGGCGGUGCUUGCCGCGCAGGGUCUGUCCACGCUGGGCGAGAGCGAGCGUGCCGCCCCAGGCUUCCACGAGGUGCUCGCCCAGGCCCGCCAGCGCAGGCACCCGCAGCACGCGCUGGCCGACGACGAGUUUUGCGCGGCUUACCGCUGCCGCCUGCUCUUCGAGGACCCAGCCGGCCACCACGCCUGCUGCUGCGACAAGCGCGCCCGCGAUGGGACCGCGGGCGCCCAGACGGCACCGUGGAGAGGGCAGUCCUCGACGUGGUUGCCGCACGACCCCGUCAGCUCCGGCCCUCUCGCCAUCGACGUGAGCGUGGUCGAGGUCGCAACGGCAGACCCAGGCUUGGCGGCGGCCAGGUCUCGGCGCGACGGCCAAGCAACCGCCGACAGGGAGCGUGCAGAACACCAGCGCUACCCGGGAGGCGGCCUGCUGGCUGCGGCGCUCGAGACGGGUGGGCGCUGGGGCCAAGAGCUCCGCCGCUGGGCCAAGGCCGCGGAGCCUGCCGGCGUCCGGCGCGCGGAGGCGCUGGGCGACCUGCGCCAGAGCCUCGCCGCGGCUUUGCAGCGCGGGGCCGCCCCCCAGCUGCUCGCUAGCGCGGCCGGCCUGCCGCGCCCUUGGAGGAGGCUGCUUGCUGAGAGGGGCUCUCUGAGGUCAUGGGAUCCUGGCAGCGUGGACGUGGACCUGCAGGCAGUGGCCUUCGACACCUCCGGUAAGCUGAUGGACGCAGUUUACUACAACAACCUGAAGGCCUUCGGGAAGGGGCUCACGCACAGCAGCGACGAGCUGACCGGCGACAAGGAGGGCAUCGACGAGUCCGUAUGGGCCGACUUCGGGCGGCUCCCCGCCGAGGUGGGGCUCAUCGUCUACGUCGUCGCGUGCCACAGCGGGGGGCACCUGAAGGACGUCAGGAACGGCAGGUUCCAUGUGUUUGAGGACUCCAUGCGCAAUCAGGUGGCGGAGUUCGUGCUGGAACACAGCGAGGAGGAGGUGGACGUCAUAGCUGCCGCAAGGCGCGCGGGCAACGGUUGGAGCGUCAGCCUCAUCCAGGAGCCGGCCCAGGACGGACAGCACUUCAUAGACAUCUUGGAACCCACCAUCGGAAACUACGUCAGGAAGGUCAUUCCUGGAGCACCACGACGCAUCAAGGCUUGUUUCGCGAUGGACAAGGGCAGCGUGGCGGACCUGCCCCGCUCCAGCGAGCUGGGCCCCAUCAAAGCCGCGCUGGGCUGGGACACCGACAAGGGAAACAUCGACCUGGACGUGUCGGCAGUCCUGAUCGACCAGGCAGGGCGGCACGUGGACACCGUGUUCUUCAGCAAUUUGGAGGCGCCGGGGAUCAGGCACUCCGGCGACAACCUCACGGGCGAGGGCUCUGGAGACGACGAGGUGAUCAACGUAGAGGUAGACAAGCUGGAUCCGCGGGUGCAGCAGGUCUUCUUCGUCAUCAACAUAUACACGAGGGGGAAGUCUUUCAAGCAGGUGGCGAACCCGUACUGCCGCGUGCUCGUGGGGCCCGGGGACGAGUUCUGCAAGUUCAAGCUGUCGGAGGCGGGCGACCAGCAGGGGCUGCUGAUGGCGAGGCUGGUCCGGGAGCCGGACCGCUGGGGAUUUCAGGCGCUCGGCAUGCCGUCCAGGGGCAGCAUGUGGAAGGACUCCAUGCCGGACGUUCUUAGGUACGCGGCCACGAGGCCCCACGACCUCCAGACGGCCAGGGCCAGCACUGCCACCUUCGACGGGCCGCGCGCCACGACCGCCAGCCGCCCUUCGGCCUCGCCCCGCCCUUCAGGCACUGGUGGCGUCAAGGUCGCAAUCGUCAGCGCCUCAGGCCUCCGCGCGGCGGACUGGAACGGCAAGUCCGACCCGUAUUGUGUGGUCGAGCUGAAUGGCCAGCCUUCUUCACAGGUGAGAACGUCCACCAAGAACAAGACUCUAGACCCGACGUGGAACGAGACGUUCGUCCUAAGGAUGGCUGCGCCACAGCCGGGAUGCGCCGAGGUUCCUCCUGUACGACUCAGACAUGAUUGGGAGCGACGACUUCCUCGGCGAAUGCGCCCUGCCGGCCGACCAGCUGGCCUCCGGGGCCUUCCAGGGCGACCUGGACGUGCUCUACGCUGCGAAGGCUGGCGGCGCGGCGAAGGUGUGCGGCCGCCUCAGGAUAUCCGUUCAAUGCGUGUGACGGUGCGGCGCUCGCUCUUGCGAUCGGUGGCCUGUGAGCCGUGGCCGUUCCCCAGACUCAGUCGCGUCGCGAAACAUGCACCACGGGAGGCCUUUCCCCAUUUUCGCCCUUGGCCACGGGGCUGUCAAACGCCGACGUCUUGA